AUGAGCGAAAGCCCACCAACCUCUACCCCUCGUCGUCAUCGACGGGGAGUUCCCCGGAGCGUGGCCGCAUGCCAGCGAUGCCGCCGAAGAAAGCAAAAGUGUGAUGGCAAAGUGCCGACAUGUGGACCAUGUGCGGCUGUUGAGGUUCCUUGUGUCAUGUCAGAUCGACUGAUGAUCCAGCAUACAAAUUCAAAUUGUGAAUGUGAAUCUCUCCGGUCUCAACUUGCCGCUGCCGAGCAGCGAAGCCAUGAGCUAUCUCAAAAAUGCCAGCAACUGGAGCUUCAGAUAUUGGAGGCACUGAGCUCUACUCAGGCUGCUACUGAUACUCCAAAUUCCGAGAAUUGUUCAGUGGCCCCAACAACCACGGGGACCGUGUCACGGCCUGACCAGCUGAGCAGCAACCCGGAUAAUCGAUUCACCAGCCGUAUUCUGGGACCUACCUUUUCAUUGAAGGCUAAUACCAGAAAGUCAAACCGCAGCGCUCUGAGCAGUGCCUGGGAGCUGUGGGGAGACGACACCACCGUUGAGGUCCCAGAGGCAGGCGAGUCAGGCCUCGACCUUGAUGCAUACGUCAAUCUGGUAAACGCAUUUUUCGAUAGAAGGUGGCCAUAUUUACCAGUACUACAUCGGGGAUCCUUUUUCCAAAAGCACCUGACCCCAUUUCUCACGAAGUCUGACAUGAGGCCCUUGUCUAACUUUCUGGUUAACAUCGUUUGCGCCAUUGCAUCAACCGAGAGGUCGUCCCAGCAUGCCAGUGACAAGAUCUGCAAGGUCUUUUUCAGAGAAGCAGUGAAGGACCUACAUCUUGUCAUGAGCUCCGACAACUUUGAGUGCAUCCAGUGUCUUCUCCUCAUGUGCAUGUACGGCCAUAACGAGCCUCAGUCCGUCAACAUGUGGUAUACCACCGGGCUGGCCCUGAACCUCGCUAUCGGCAUCGAUCUGCAUCGCAAGGAAAGCCUGGUAGGUCAAGGCAUGAUGGACAUGGAAAUGUGCAAGCGUGUCUUUUGGUGUGCCUAUGUGAUGAGCUGCAGCAUGGCCAUCAAUAUGGGCCGACCGUUGGGAAUUCGAGAGUCGGAUAUCAGCAUGCCAUUGCCUCUGCAGCUGACGGACACUCAGCUCGAUGAAUCUGUCCACAGCCCCUAUGUCGAGGAAACAUUGAUACCCAAUGUGGCAGAUACUUCAACCUUUAUCCAUAUUAUUAAGCUACGCCGGAUCAAUGCUGGAGUCUACACAACUUUCCAUUCUAUCGGAUCGACCUUGGCAGAUACCGCCGAAAUCGACACACUUCGCAGUAGAUAUUUCAUGGAACUGAAUCAAUGGUUGAUAACUGCGCCGCGAUAUAUGCAGACUUUGUCGACUUUCCAGUCGACCGAAUGGUUUCAGAUUGCCUUUCAUCAUGCCGUUCUCUCUCUGUAUCGUCCAUCGCGCGCCGUUCCAAUGCCAUCUCCGGAUGACCUACGAGUGUGCACUGAGUCUUCAAUCGGGUUGAUUAGUUCAUACAGUGCAUUAUAUGCACGGAACCAUAUCAAAUAUACUUUCGUCGCAAUCCACUCACUGUUCAUGGCGGCGGUCACGAUGCUCUAUUCUUUACGAGCCUUUGCUCCCCUUAGGAGAGAAUUGACCAAACCGGUGAUUAAAACCAACAUAUUCACCUUUCUUACUCUUUUCCGUGGCAUAUGCGAUGGUCGGUUGGUGGGCGACAAAUGUUGUGGUAUCGUUGAACGACUUGGCAAUUCAAUCUUGUCACUAUUUGAAAACGAAGAUCAAGCCGACUCUAGUAUCGAUACAGAGUUCCAGACUUGGUUUGGACUUCAGACGCACACAUUUGAUUCACAAGCAAGAGAUCAACAAGAUCCAGAGAACUAUCCUCAUGGCUCGCUCUCGCACUUUCCUGAUGUUCAAGUCGAUUUACCAUGGGCUGAUUUGUUCACCGAAGGUAUCGAUAUGGGAACUACAGACGCUUGGAGCGUUUUGUUUUGA